AUGGCUCUGUUUAUGUUAGUAAUUCUUGGUGUAAUUGUUAGCUUCUAUGGAGUUGAUGCUGGAAGAAGCAUGUUGGAUGACCAAUUAGUCAACGCAAUUCAGCCACGUGAUGUUGGUGGGUUCGAUUGUGUGGAUAUCUAUAAGCAGCCUGCUUUUGAUCAUCCUUUGCUUAAGAAUCACAAAAUUCAGAUGAACCCAAGUUUCUCAACAAGAAGCAAGACAAAUGAAGUUUUCUCAAAAAGCCAAUUUGUGGAUAUGGGUUGCCCACCAGGAAUGGUACCAAUACAAAGAACUAGAGUUCAUGAGGGCCAAACUCAUGAUUUCAAGAACUCUUUCUCAGAAUCUCAAGGUGGAAGCUUUCACACAUAUGCAAGUAAUAUUCCCGGCGAAUAUUCUGUAAGUGUUAACACAACGGACGCUGCGACUUACCAUGGAGCAAGGGCAUUAAUCGUGGUUAAUAAUCCACAAGUGAAAGUAAGCGGCCAAUACAGUAAAGCUCAAAUUUGGGUUCAGAAUGGACCAAACACCAUUGAAGCUGGAUGGGCAGUGCAUCCUGGAACGUAUUUUGACAAUGACACGCAUCUUACGACAUUUUGGACGGUAGAUGGGUAUAAACAUGGCUGUUACAAUGCACGAUGUCCAGGUUAUAUACAAGUGCAUCGCCAAUAUUUCCCCGGUGAUGCUCUUACUGAAAUUUCUGUUUAUGAUGGACAACAAUUCGCUGUUAAUCUUACCAUUGCUCAGGAUAAAUCAACUGGAAAUUGGUGGUUGAAAGUUGGUAAUGACUCAUUGGGAUACUGGCCAAAGGAGAUAUUCACUCAUUUAGCUACCGGAGCGUCCUCUAUUCGAUAUGGCGGAGUAACUUUUUCUCCACCCAAUAUACGUACUCCGGUACCAAUGGGGAAUGGUUUUCUUCCUGUUGACUUUGCCCCCUUGAAAGCAGGUCUUUUUAUACGUGUUCAAAUGAUGAAAGCGGAUAACCCAUUCAUUGACAUUAAUUCCGAAAUGAUUCAUAAUUUUCAUGACAUUGGUGGACAAUGUUAUGGCUUGGUAGAUGUCAGUGAUAUUGUUAAUAUGGGGAAAUCCUUCAACUUUGGAGGUCCUGGAGGAUCAUGCAUGUUAAGGACAUGA